AUGGAGCAAUUCAGGCAGGUCGGGGAGGUUUUGGGCGGCCUAAAGGCCCUCAUGGUAUUAAAACACGAGAUCCCGAUCAACCCGCGCCAAUGCUCUCUCCUUUACGACAUGCUGUCCCUGGCUUUCGACACAAUCUCGGACGAAAUCAAACACAACCUGAGGCUCAAGGACCGGACCGCCAAGUGGAAGGCCCUCGAGCACCCGAUGAAGGAGCUCCACAGGAUCUUCAAGGAGGCCGAACUCUACAUACGCCACUGCAUGGACGCAAAGGACUGGUGGGCCCGAGCGAUCACCCUCCACAUGAACCGGGACUGCAUUGAACUGCACGCCCACAAUUUGCUGUGCUGCUUUCCCGUCGUGAUCGAGGCCAUCGAGACGGCUGCCGAGAUCUCGGGAGUCGAUCAGGACGACAUGCAGAAGAGACGGGCCGCCAUCCUCCGCAAGUACGACCCCGAGUGUGACGACCCCAAAUUGUUUCUGUGGAAAUUCGGGAGGCAGUAUUUGGUCCCGAGGGAGAUUUGCGCCCGUCUGGAGACUGCCUGGAAGGAGGACCGGUGGUUGCUUACGGAAAAAGUCGCCGAGAAGAGUAAAAGGAAAGGCAAGAACGAGCAGAGGCUCGUGGAGCUGCUGACGAAUAAGUUGAACGAAGGGGAGGUGUUGACAGAAGGGAAGCUCCUACCGAGCGGGGCAUUGGUUGGGGCAUACGAUUACUUCGUGAGGCGGCGCCUCGGGUCGGGGUACCCAUCGGGCGGGGGCCAACUCAAGGAGAUUCACUGGUUGGGCGAGAAUUUUGCGUUGAGGACUUUUUACGGGGACAUUAGUCCUCUACAAUCCGACAUCUCUCUCAUGCUCUCGCUCUCCCACCCGAAUGUGUUGCAGUAUCUGUGUGCAUUUUAUGAUGAGGAUAGGAAAGAGGGGUUUCUUGUGAUGGAGCUCAUGAGCAAGGAUCUCGGUUCUUACAUAAAAGAGCGUUGUGGGCAGAGGAAUAAGAUCCCUUUCACGAUACCGGCUGCGGUCGACAUCAUGCUGCAAAUUGCACGGGGAAUGGAGUAUCUGCACUCAAAAAAGAUCUAUCUUGGCGAUCUGAACCCGUCCAACAUUCUUUUAAAAGUAAAGAAUGGGGUGGUCCAAGCCAAGGUCACGGGGUUCGGAAUGACCUCCUUCAAGGCCCAAUCGUCGUCCAAAGGCGCUACUGCUACUGCUAACAAACAACCCACAGGAGUCGACCUCAACAUCUGGCUAGCCCCAGAACAGCUUGCCGAGCUCCACCAACUGAAUAAGGCCAAGUCGGCCCCAAAGUACACCGAGAAAUCCGACGUGUACAGCUUCGGCAUGCUCUGCUUCGAGCUCCUGACCGGGAAGGUCCCUUUUGAGGACAGUCACCUUCAAGGGGAGAAGAUGGUCCGGAACAUACUGGCUGGGGAGCGGCCCCUCUUCUCUUACCCUUCCCCCAAAUACCUCCAGAACUUGACGAGAAAGUGCUGGCAGACGAACCCAGACACGCGCCCGACCUUCUCCUCCAUAUGUCGGAUCCUACGCUACAUAAAGAAGAACCUCACCAUAAACCCUAACCACGGGGACCCCGAGUCCCCGCCCCCGCUGGUCGACUACUAUGACAUGGAAGCCGCCUAUCUAAAGAAGUUCCCAAACGAAGGGGCGGAGCCACAGCCCGUGUCCCAGAUUCCCUUCCAGAUGUUCACUUACGCUGUCCUCGAGAAGGAGAAGGUGUGCGGCCGGAGGUGGGACCCAGCGGCUGAAGGGAGCACCCUCCACCGGCCGGCCUCACUUUUCGAUGACGAGCAGAUGGCGGCAAUGGACGACCUCUUCCUGGUGCAGGCGGGGGACCGCCGCUCGGUUUGCUCGGAGAUUAUCGACACCAAGAACUCGGCCAUAGCCGUCGACCUCCGGUCGGUCAUAUCUGAGAUCCCGCACCGCAAGAUGCACCAGUUUGACCAGCGGUCUUUCGGGUCUGAGAGCCCCGGGAAAAGGUUCUUCAGUGCCGUGGCUGACCAGAGGAUGGCCGUUGGAGGUGUGACUCCAGUGAGGGAUCAAAAAGCGCCAAUCAUAGUCCACCACGUGGUCGAGAACAAAGCCGACCAGAACUUAACCGGAGCGAAAGUGAAAGUGGAGGGAGCGGAUAAAGUGGGUUUGCGGCCAAAUGGAGCAGAGAAUGGGCCAGUGGUCAGUCCUCAGCUACUUCAAGAGCAACAACUUAAAUUGGCAUCAAAAAAUGUGAACGAGCAGAAAUCGGACAAGAGUGAGAUUCUGGAGGUGAAGCAGUCAUUGAGACCGAUUGCUGUCGACCAGAAACAGAGUUCAUCUGAGUCCUCCGACGUUAAGUUGCUUUCAAGUGGCUCGAGCCACACGAAAUUGCCUGAGAUACCUGAGAAAAAGAUACUGCAGGAUAAUGGUGAGUCUAACCAGAAGACUGUGGCAGAUCCUUCUGCCGAAGCCCCCGAGAAGAAAGCUGAGCCGGAGGUAAAUAAUGUCCAGAAGGAAGAAGAUUGUGACAGGUCGGCGAAGAAGCCUACACUUCUCAAGAAAUUGAAGGAACUAAAAAUCAAGAAAACUCAUGAAAAACCAAAGAAUGACUUAUCAAAAUCCGAGCCAGCCAAGACGAAGAAAACCAAACCCAUCUUCUCCCCAGCUGCGUCCCCAUCGCGUGCUUUCAUGGCGUCCCCAUCACGGGCUUUCAGUGCAUCACCAUCACGGACUUUCAUGGCAUCUCCAUCACGGGCUCCCAAAAAGACCGUUCACCCAGAGACGCCAAAAUAUGAGCCGCCAAGAUCACCAGCCAGACCAAAGAAAACAGUCCCCAGCUCCAACCCAGCUGCAUCACCAUCAAGAGCUUUCCAUACAUGCUCUUCGCCAUUACAUUCAACAGCUCAUCACUUGAAGGACUGUUCGUCUCCCAUGUCAUCACCAUUGAACACUUGCACACGGUGCUCGAGACUCGGCCAACAGACCUCUUUGGCUAUGAGUCCCCAAAGACGUAAAAUAGACCAUGUAUAA